UAGCGAAGGCACGUAUUUGAAUGCAGGUGUCAUAUCUGCUUUGUUCAAUGUAAAUGUUUCAGUGUACCCAUUUGCGUUCAUAACAAACUGAAAGCUCGUUUCCUCUUUGGAAAAAACUCAAAAAGAUCAAAUUUCCAAAGCAUGGCCGAAAGGCAAAAGUUAAUUUUACCUGUAGUGGGUCUGUUGAUUUUGAUCUUACCCUUAGUGAUCGUGGCUUUUACCAGCAAUGAUAACGAGAUAAAAGAUAUUGAACGUUCCUCGACUUCACACAAAUUCCAGGAAGAGCUGUGGAUCAAAUUCAAACAUUUCGAAAGAAAAAUGGAGUCUGAAGUAACAAAGUUGAAGACAAAAGUAGAACUGUUAGAGAGUAAAAUUCUGGAGCAGGCUGAACUGUUGAAGGAAUGCAAAACCUGCAGUCCAAUCACUGAGACGUUCGACAACGACAUGCCUGUCGAUCACGUUAAAAAUGUAAGGCCCCUCGCAAAGUCAAUCCUACAACCGAAGACUUGUUUGGAAGCCCUCACGUCUGACCCUUCACUAGAAUCUGGAAUGUAUUGGAUCGAUCCAGACGGACAGGGAAGAGGAGAUAACCCCAUUUACGUGUACUGCAACAUGACUUCAGGAUCGUCGUCUAUACUACAUGACAGUGAGAAUUCAACUGCUGUUGACCAUUGCUUCGAUCCUGGCUGCUACUCCAGGCAGAUUAAGUACAAUGCCACGCUUAGGCAAAUAACAAUGCUAGCUGAAUUGUCCAACGAGUGUCACCAGUCUAUCAAAGUUGAUUGUUUCGACGCAGCAUUUGAGUUCAAUGGCAUCGCUUACGCUUGGUGGAAUGAUCGCAACGGAGAUCCUCGUUAUUUCUGGUCCGGCACCAACAAUAAUUCAAGUGCUCACUACCACAGUUGCCAGUGUGGGCUUGAAGGAUCUUGCGUUGACAAAAGCCUUUUGUGCAACUGCGAUAGCGAUUUAGCGGUGGAAUUAUCCGAUAAUGGAGUGAUAACCGAUAAGGACUUGUUACCUAUCACAAAAUUGAAUUUCGGACGGACCAUUGCUCCAACUUCGAUAAGUACUCACGAAAUCGGCCGUUUGGAGUGCAGCGGGAAAGUUGUCCUGAACGGAAUGCCGACAUCGUGCCAGGAUCUUUGGCGCGUUGGUUACGUUUUAAGUGGAUUAUAUUCCAUCAAAGGAUCGUCUAACAAAGUGGAAACGGUUUACUGUGAUUUCAGUAAACUACCUGGUGACGAAGGACUCCAGGCAUGGAUUGGAUACGCCGAUGUUAAAUCGGAGCCUGUCUAUUUUAAUGUUGGAAGAAACACUUCCUUCCGCUAUUCAAGUACGGCAAUGCCUUUCGAACAAGAAAUUUUGAACGUCGGUAAUGCUUUCGACUUGCCGUCGGGAACGUUCGUCGCUCCUUGCAAUGGAACAUACUUCUUUGCAUUUGCUAGCUUUGCAGAGAAUUCCUAUAGUUCUUUUUAUUUUUCUCUUAUGUUGAAUAACGUUCAAAUUACGAGUUGCUACUCUUCAUAUACACUUUAUUAUUGCCACAUAGUGUACACUCUAAAACUAAGCUCCGGAGAUCAAGUUCAGAUGUUUCUUCAGCAAGGAUCAACGAAUAAUGCUAUAUUUACUGGUGCAUUACUCGCAGAAGAUAUUUUCUAAACUUUGUGUCUGAAAACGAAAGAAUCCUAUUUCUAAUUUAUUUUUUUGGAAUGCUGAUGUAACACAGUGGA